GUCGCUGUUCUCUUCAGUGUUUAAAUAAAGCUUUUUUUAAAGGCUCGUUUCAGUUCGAAAAUGGCGGAGUACGAUCUGACCACCAAGAUUGCGCAUUUUUUAGACAGGCAUUUGGUCUUCCCGCUGCUGGAAUUUCUGUCUGUGAAGGAGAUCUACAAUGAGAAAGAACUUCUCCAAGGGAAGCUGGAUCUUCUCAGCGACACUAACAUGGUGGACUUUGCCAUGGAUGUAUACAAGAACCUCUAUCCUGACAAAGAAAUUCCACAUUCAUUAAGGGAGAAAAGAACCUCAGUGGUGGCGCAGCUGAAGCAGCUCCAGUCUGAAACUGAGCCGAUCGUGAAGAUGUUUGAAGAUCCAGAGACUCAGAGACAGAUGCAGUCCACCAGAGAUGGGAGGAUGCUGUUUGAAUAUUUAGCAGACAAACAUGGCUUUCGUCAGGAAUAUUUGGACACGCUGUACCGUUACGCCAAAUUCCAGUAUGAGUGUGGCAACUACUCAGGGGCUGCAGAGUAUCUUUACUUCUUCCGUGUGCUUGUUCCCUCCACGGACAGGAACGCUCUGAGCUCUCUCUGGGGCAAACUGGCAUCCGAGAUCCUCAUGCAGAACUGGGAGGCGGCCAUGGAGGACCUGACACGCUUACGAGAGACUAUCGACAACAACUCGGUGAGUUCUCCACUUCAGUCGCUGCAGCAGAGGAUGUGGCUCAUACAUUGGUCUCUGUUUGUCUUCUUUAACCACCCCAAAGGCAGAGACAACAUCAUCGAGCUGUUCCUCUAUCAGCCCCAGUACCUGAAUGCAAUCCAGACCAUGUGCCCUCACAUUCUGCGUUACCUGACCACGGCCGUAAUCACCAACAAAGACGUGAGAAAGCGUAGACAGGUCCUCAAAGAUCUGGUCAAGGUUAUUCAACAGGAGUCGUACACGUACAAGGAUCCCAUCACAGAGUUUGUGGAGUGUCUCUACGUUAACUUUGAUUUCGACAGCGCUCAGAAAAAACUAAGGGAGUGUGAGUCGGUUCUGGUGAACGAUUUCUUCUUGGUGGCCUGCUUGGAGGAUUUCAUUGAAAACGCACGGCUGUUCAUCUUCGAGACGUUCUGCCGGAUCCAUCAGUGCAUCAGCAUCAGCAUGUUGGCAGAUAAGCUGAAUAUGACCCCCGAGGAGGCCGAGAGAUGGAUCGUAAACCUGAUCCGCAAUGCCAGACUGGAUGCCAAAAUUGACUCCAAACUGGGUCACGUUGUGAUGGGAAACAACGCCGUGUCGCCAUAUCAGCAGGUGAUCGAGAAGACCAAGAGCCUGUCGUUCCGUAGUCAGAUGCUGGCCAUGAACAUCGAGAAGAAGAUCAGCCACAGCAGCAGGAAUGAGACACCGAACUGGGCGGCUCAAGACACUGGCUUCUAUUAGACUGGAAACAUCUUACUUCUCAACCUCAUCUUAGUAUUUAACUAACUGUCUUUUAUUUAGCCAUGUUUUAUAUUAGGAUCAUUUUGUAAAAGACUGAUGCAGACACUUCCAGCAUGACAAGAGCUACAGAGUUCUGGGAUGCUGCCGUGAAUUUUAUGUAUUCUGUAUGAAGGAAGGAGUUUACCAGGCAAGAUUUUAUUCAUUCGUUCCAGUUCUGUGUAAUCUCAAAGGACAUUUUUCUUUUCUCUUAUGCGAGUACUUGUUUUGAACAUCAUAACACAACAAUGAACAGUGGAAAUUUGUUUCUGAACACAUUUUUAAGGAUCCUGCACCAUACUUCUGGAAAUCUUUAAUGGUUAAAGGUGAAGUGUGUUAUUUUGGUGUCAAAUAAUAAGAAUUGUUUCCAAAACAGUUCUACUGUUGUUUCAUUGUUCAUUUAUUGUACUUUUAAGCCGAUGUUUGUCAUGUGAGACCACUUAAACUAGCAAUUUUUUUUUAAAUAGAUAAAUGAUGAGUAUGUAUUUUAACAGUC